ACCAACAUGGAGUCCAACGGAAAGACAGCGAGAAUCGUUCUUUAUGCAGUUUGCUCUGCGUGUGCAGCUCUUGCAUUAACAUUUGGUCUUUAUUACCUAAGACAAUACGAGGGAAAGAAGAGGAAAGGAAGAAGUACAAAUAUUUUUGAAUCGUUGUUCAAAGCACGCGACAAUGAGAGUGGAAGUUCCUUUGCGAUCGACCAAGAGCUGGCGGAAAUACUGAAAGAGAACGGACAUGGGGAGUUUACCAAAGGAACGAUAUCUUCUCUACUGGAAAUUCUUGAAAAAGUAGAGGAUCAUAUGUUAGAGAAGGUUCUUAUUGCGCUUCUGAACUGCUCAGCGUUCACAACAAACCAGAACAUUAUUCGGGAGUGUGGAGGUCUCUCACGCCUUGUGGCCCUUUUAACUCAUCCAAAGAAACCCAUCAUCAUCAAGACUGUACAAGUGUUGUCCAACUUGGCAAUGAAUGAAAAAAAUCAAGAAUGUUUAAAGGACAGUGUCUUUGAAAUUAUAAAGAAUCUUGAAUACUGUGAUGUUAUUGAUGAUGAUGAUGUGAUCACUGAGCAUUUAAAACUCAUAGUUAAUUUGUCUGCAACAAAUAUUGCCCAUGAAGAGGUGAUGACAGGAGCCCAAGCAUUUUUUGACAUCCUAUGUCACUCUCAUUCAGAAAAAAUACAGAAAGAGGUUCUGCGAUUGUUGGUGAACUUGUCUUGUAAUACAACUAAUCUGGAACGAUUACUGGGAUUGAAGCCACUGCUGAUUUUGCAGACAUUCAUGCUUGCAGACAACCAAGAUGACAUAGUUCUUAGAGCUGUAACAAUUGUGGCCAACUUACUUUCUAGUCCAGAUGGUUACACAGAGCAACAACAAGCUGUGAUCACAGAGCAUCUAAAUGUAUUGUAUGGAGAACUAAUGCGACUGUUAGAUCACACUGACGAGAACAUUCAGUCACAAGCCAAGAGAGCACUUAGAAGUAUAUUCGCUUUCAGAAUGAUGUACUCAACAUGAUACAGAUGUCUAAAUUUAGCUGGCAUGAAAUAAUGAGAAAAAAGAGGAAAAUAUGAAUAAAAUUGCAUUUAUUUA